UAUGAUUUUAUUUAAAUUUUAUUCGUGUUAUUUGUGUUGUUUGCUUGUAUGUGUACUUGUUCUAUCCUCGUGUGUUUCUCUAUUGACAACGAUGGGACCGAUCAAAGUACGAAGACCACAGGCCAUAUUUUUUGAUUUAUCUGGUACAGCAACCAAAUCUUAUUUCAUGGAUAGUAUACUGUUUCCAUAUAUAAAAUUGAAUUGCACAACAUAUCUACAUAAUAAUUGGGAUAAUCCAGUUUUACAACGUGAUAUUGAAUUGUUACGUAAACAAUCCCGUGAAGAUGGCGGACCAGUUGUGGUUGAUGCUGAUUGUGAUAAAAGAGAGAUUCAAAAAACCGUUCUCCUUUAUGUGACCAAAUGUUUGGAUGAAUUGCGUGAUAAUGCGGCUAUCAAUGUUUUCCGAUUACAUAUGUGGUUUGAUGGUUAUCAUCGGGAUAAAAUUGAAACACCAGUUUAUUCGGAUGUUGCUAUUCAGAUCAAACACUGGCGUAUUACACAGAAUAUCAAACUUUAUGUGCUGAGCAAUGGCUGGAUUGAAGCAACCAAACGAUUUAUGGCUAAAACAAAUCAUGGUGAUCUUAACCUAUUGAUUGAUGGUCACUUUGAUAAUACUAUUGGUCCUUUGGAUAAUCCGGCAACAUAUAAGAUUGUCUGUUCGAAAAUAAAUUUGACACCCGAUCAGGUUUUGUUUCUAACCAAAUCGGUACCCGAAUGUAAUGCUGCUAAAGAAGCCGGUUUGAAUGCUAUACUUGUCAUGACACAUCGUCGUGAUUUAGCCCGUUUGAAUACAUUAUCUGAUGAAGAACGACAUCAAUUGGUCUAUAUUCGAUCAUUCAAUGAAAUAACAUUCAUUGAUGAUAACGACAAUACUUUGUCGAAUGCUUCAGCUAAUUCUGGUAAUUCUCGUGAAUCAACUUGCAGUCCACAAGUUGUAUCGCCUACAAUGGCUCCAGCCUUUGCUUCAGGAAGUCGAAAAGGUUCUGCACAAAGUAGUCAACAGGCUUCAAGUAUGCAUUCUGAAGCGAAAAAUAAUUCAGCGUCAGGAGGAUCUGUAGCAGCUAGCAAAAAAAGUUCAUCAAAACUCUCAUCACUUCAAGCAUCAAAUGCCAACAGUAAACCUGGUAGAUUUUCAAGCAAAGAUGCAAGUAGCAAACAUUCAUCAUAUUCACCCGGAAGCCAAGAUUUGGCCACAUCAGCUCAUCCAUCUUCAGGAUCAGCAUCAGCUCCAGCGCCGUCUUCAGCUCCAGCUUCGUCUUCAGCAUCAGCAUCAGCUUCUGCGUCAGCUUCAGCUGCGUUUUCAGCAGCAGCAUCAGGAUCAAAUCCAGCAACAUCUUCAUUAUCGUCACAAAAAUCGAAACAAUCAUCAAUGGCAAGUUCGAGGAAAAGUUCAACAAAAUGAUUUAUGAUUAAAAUAUUAGUAAUUUAUUUGUUUUCCCCUACUUGAUUCCGAGGAACUUAUUGAUAUUAAAAUC